GGGCGCCGAAUGGGUUUGCGGAGCUGGAAAUCGGCCCCGGGAAGAAGGGAGGAAGACAUUUUGGGGUUGGAGGAGGAGGGGGGCCCGCCCGGCUUUUGCUGCGAUAGGAGCCGCCUCUUCUCCUUCCCUCUCCUCCCCCUUCCACCCGCCGGCCUGCCUGGUUGCCCUUCGCUUUCGUUGCGUUUGCCCUGGAUCACCAUGGCUCCUUCCUUUCGCUCCAAAAAAACCCGAUCGAGCCGGGACGAGGAGGAUUUCUCCCAGGCCAGAGGAGAUAGGAAGGCAAGAAAGCCGCUGGUGGAGAAGAAGCGGCGAGCGCGAAUCAACGAAAGCCUGCAAGAGCUACGGCUGAUCUUGUCGGAAACCGAGUUCCAAACGAAGAUGGAGAACGCCGAGGUGCUGGAGCUGACGGUGAAGCGAGUGCAGGGAAUCCUGCAGAGCAGGUCGCUAGGUGGCGACAAAAUGCAGCGAGAGGCCAGUGAACGCUUUGCAGCUGGGUAUAUUCAAUGCAUGCAUGAAGUUCAUACAUUUGUCUCCAAUUGUCCUGGGAUUGAUUCUACCAUUGCAGCAGAGCUCUUGAAUCACCUUUUAGAGUCAAUGCCCCUGAACGAAGGCAGUUUUCAAGACCUGAUUGUGGAUGUCUUAUCAGAUCCCUCCAUCAGCCAGCAGCCAAGUGGAGAUGAGCCUUCUCAAAUGCCUGGAGAUUCACAUGGAACUUUAAGCCUGUCAAGUCUCACCUCCCCUCUUCCUUCACCUUCCUCCAGUGAAGAGAUUUGCUCAGAUCUGGACAACACAGAGACAGAACAAAGCCACAUCUCUUUGGAUGGACUGGAUAGGUCUCGGAGUCAAAAUGUGCCUUCUUCCAGCCUUUCCAAAUCUUUGUGGAGACCAUGGUAAUAAACUUCACAAGAACCAACACAGAUCUACCUAAUAGGGAGAAUACUUGAGCGCUGUGUUCUUCUAGCCAUUGGAAUAUAGACAGUGAGGAUUUCAGAUAGUGCAUUUAUAUUAUAUGCAGGACUGUAUAGCUGAUACUCUUUCACUGUCAAAUAUUGAAUUGCUAAGUAAACUAACAUUUCAUCUGUGAGUAUGAGAACUGAAAUUUGUAUGACUUUUUUUUCUUAAUUAUUGCUAAGGGUGUGGGGUCAAAAGAUUUGGAAGUGUAUGCAAAAGAGCUCUUUUGAUGCACAGCACUGUUUUUGCAACUUACUUUUUUCUUGUGGGGGAUGUAGUAAGUGCCUCCAAUACUUGUAGUUUGGGUUAAGAAAAAGCCCUUGUAGAUUUGAGAAGCUGUUGGUUUAAUUCAAUUAAAGGUAUGAAGUAAAGCAUUAAUGCAGAAUUUCAUAUAUUUUAAUGAUAGAUUUUUUUAAAAAAAAUAAGCCAAGGAAAAUCCCUGAAAGGGAUAUUGAUGCAGCUAGUUUCUUGAUGAGUUUAGUAUUCUAGGAUUUCUCCUUCAGUGAAGGAAGAGGAAACUGGAAAUCAGGAUUGAAUGGGGUAAACAUUUAAAACAUUGGUGGCAGGGUGCCUUCUAGAAAUGUGUUUUGUGCGCAUCUAGCACAAAAUGAACAUGAAUUUUACUAU